AUGAGGCUGAUAUUGCUCACCUUAUUCUUGAUUGCCGCUGUCGAUGGAGGCAUUGUAGACAAAGUAAAAGGAGUGUUCUCUGGCGAUGGUAGUUUUGGACAGAAACUAAAGAAUGCAACUAUCGUUGGAUUCAAGAAGCUCUUCGAAAACACGGCACUGUUCAAAAUCCGCGACAAGAUCAGAAGUAUGAAGGACAAGGUUUUGAAGACAUUGGAGUUAACACCAAAAAUGAUGAAAUCGCUCGAGGAAAGGUUGAAGGUGGACUGGCUAAGUCAAUUCAAUAAAGAAACAACGAAAACAAACGACAACUACAACAUGACAUACGAUUACGGCAGCAUUAUGCACUACGGUGGAACUAGUGCAUCGUUCAACAAAAAAGCCAACAAUGGUUCCGUUUCGAUAUCGACUAUCAGCAAACGCUUGGGUCUCCAUUCAUUUCUUUCAUCGAGCUUUCAAUGCUUAAUGAACACUACGGAUGCAAAGAAAAUUGCAAAAAAACCACAUCGGUCCAAUGCGAAAUGGGUGGAUUUCCUCAUCCUCGAGACUGCCAAAAAUGCAUCUGCCCCGCCAUCAUCAGGGUGUGGCGAUACAAUUAAAGCUUCGUCUGAUUGGACGAGACUUGAGAAUACUGUCGGCCUUGGCCGUGAUGAGCAAGAAGACUUUGAGACAUGUCACUACUGGAUUGAAGUGAGUUUUGUACCCUCAAAAAGUUAG